AUGUCUAAAAUCAGAAUGGAAAAUCGGUCAUAUCGAUAUUCGGUGUAUGGAAAUAAACGGAGAAGAUUGGAACCUGUCAGGCAACAAAUAGUUUCUACUAUUACAUCGAAGAAAAAAAAAAAAAGCCUCAACUCUGGUUUUUUCGGUUUUAUCUCAAGAUUUGUUGCACCAGUGACAAAUCUUUUUCGACCAUCAGUUAAGUCACAUGCAAGUGAGAAAACAUGCACUUCAAAUUCUGAUGCUACUUGUUCUGGACGUUUGAGUAAGGGACCAAUAAAUGGCACUGCGCAGCAACUCAACAAGAAAGGAACUAAUGAAUUAAUGACUGGUGACGACGACGACCCAGUAAUUAUCGAAGAAGAGGAUUCUAUUUUGUAUUCAUUGAUUUCAAAAAAAGAUUUAUAUUCUGGUGGAAGCACCGCUGGACAGAUGGAAGACAAGGAAAACGAAAAGGAAGACAAAAUAAAAGAUUCGAAAGGCAAAAUUUCAGUUGAAAAAAAGAAGUCAUUAAACGCAUUUAUCGCAGCACCAACAUGGGCCUCCAAUGAGGAUGCUUUUUGGCAAAACAGUGUGAAAGAUAACUCACUGAGGUACGAUUUACAGUCAGAACAACCAGAGCACAGUAAAAGUCAACAGAUUUCACCAUCUCAUUCACGAGAAGGUUCAAGCAUUUUGUCGGAUAAAUGGGAACGUCGGCGAACAUUAUCUUCAGCCAGGAACACGUUAUCAAGUCGCUACUCACCAUAUAAGGUGAAUCUGGGUUCUGACAUAAAAGGACGCUUUGGUGGACAGGUUAAUGUAGUCGACAAGGAAGGCAAAGAGCAUUACAGGAAAUUUCUGGAAGAAGCGGGCAUCCUUAAAACAGAAGUAACACUUCUCUACAAUAAUGAAAAGAAGCAAUCAUUCAAGAAAACAAAUUAUCUGGAACUACUACAAAGAGGCCAGUCUGCAUUAAAUGCCGUUUGUACUUCAUCAGAAAAUUUAUCACGAAAAGGAUCCACGGCAACGAAUAGCUCGGAUAAUAUUGUUGUCGAAAAAAAAACCAGUAGUGAUAGCGAAGCCAGUGAGUAUUCGAACUACAACAUUCAGGGAAGCAGGGAAGAAACUUGUAUUAUUGGAAAUACAAAGCACCGUGAUGAUUUCAAAGCUUUGUGGGAGAAAGAAAAAAAUACGAAAUUAGUGGCAAAGCAUCGUUUAGCAAUGCAUCAUCAACAGGCUGCUUUAAGGGAUCGCCGUGCCAAAGAACUGAAGAUUCAGAAACGUUUAAUUGAAGAAGCACGACGGGAUGAGGAAUUGAGUUUGGAAGAACAGCUGAGGAAAAAACUGACUCUCACCGGAUACGUUUUUCGUCCGCGAAAAGUGAAGGAUGAAUUUCCGGAACUUGAUGAUGAAGCUUUACUGAUAGUAGAACGUGCUUGGAAUCGAAAAUUGCCGUUGAGUGAGAAAUUAUCUGAUGAAAUAACACGGAAAGACUUGCUAACGUUGAAAGGACUUGAUUGGCUUAACGAUGAAAUAAUCAAUUUUUAUAUGAAUCUCAUCUGUGAACGUUCACAGAAUGAUGAAAAUUUACCAAAGGUGUAUGCGUUCAACUCAUUUUUUUAUUCUACUUUAAGUAGUAAGGGAUAUGCAUCUAUUAGACGUUGGACACGCAAAAUUGACAUUUUUUCGUACGAGUUAUUAUUGAUUCCUGUUCAUUUGGGUGCUCAUUGGUGUCUUGCUGUUAUUGAUUUCAAAAAUAGGAUAAUUGAUUAUUAUGAUUCAAUGGGUGGGAGCAAUGACUAUUGCCUGGAUGUUAUGAGCGAAUAUCUUUGUGAAGAGUCGUUAGACAAAAGAAGGAAAGAAUUCGACCUUAGUGAUUGGCAGCUUGUGAAUCGUGACGAUAUUCCACAACAAAUGAAUGGUAGUGAUUGUGGAAUGUUUGCAUGUAAAUUUGCAGAAUAUGCAGCGCGGCGUGCUCAGAUCUCUUUCAGUCAGGAUCACAUGCCAUAUUUUCGUGAGCGGAUGGUCUAUGAAAUAUGUCGAAAAAAACUUUUAUAG